CUUCGCAGCGCAGUCUCGCAGAACCGAAGAAGAUACACGAAGCACGGGUUUGAUUUAGAUCUCACUUACAUCACGAACAGAAUUAUUGCUAUGUCAGCUCCUUGUUUCGGUGGACACACGGCAUACCGCAAUGAUAUCCACAUCGUCUCGAGAUUUCUCUCUCUUCAUCACUAUGGUUCUUUCUUCGUGUUCAACCUUUGCGAUACGUACAUCAGCUCCGACGGAGUCAUGGGGAACUAUCACCCGCAAAUGCUCUUCAAUCAGGUUCAGCGGAUUCCCUUCGAAGAUCAUGCUCCUCCCCUUAUGUCAGAGUUGAUCCAAUUCUGCGAAGAAGCCUCGAACUGGCUGAAGGCCCACCAUAACAACACGAUAGUGGUCCACUGCAAAGGCGGCAAAGGGCGGACAGGCACGAUGAUCGCAGCUCUUCUUCUCUGGACGGGUCACAGGAGAUGCGCCAUAGACGCCAUGGAGCUAUUCACCUUCCGACGCACA